GUUGGAGUCCAUUCCGCAAAAUUUGAGAAUGAACGUGUAUCAGCAAAUAUCUUGGCAGCCAUUGAGAGGUACCACAUUCAUCAUCCUGUGGUGAACGAUGCCGAAGCAAAGAUGUGGACUCAGCUUGGCAUUGCUUGUUGGCCUACUCUCCUUAUAUUAGAUCCCAAUGGCCAUCCAAUGUUUAUACUUGUGGGAGAGGGCCACAGAGAACGUCUCCAGUUGUAUGUUGACUGUAUGGUGGAAUAUUUCUCCAGCAAUGGGAGUUUAUCCAAGUCACCAGUACCUCUGGCUCCAACAGCUCAUUUUGCAGCAACUGGUUCUGUGUUGCUUUACCCAGGAAAAGUUGCAACAUAUCCUGAUGGACUUGUCAUUUCAGAUACUGGACAUAACAGAAUUUUGCUGACAGAUAAGAUGGGUAAUGUAAAGAAAGUUGUGGGAUCUGGAGAACAAGGGAUGGCAGAUGGGACGUUCACCUGUGCAAGCUUCAAUAAUCCUCAGGGGGUGGUCUACCAUUCUUCAAAUGUUAUAUUUGUAGCUGAUACGGAAAACCAUGCAAUAAGGAAGGUGGAUUUAAACACCGAAGAAGUAAAAACAAUUGCUGGUACUGGCAAGCAAGGAACUGACUUGGAAGGAGGUUUACGGGGACCUAAGCAGGCUAUAUCAUCUCCAUGGGAUCUGUGCUUGACCAAAAGUUUAGGUCAGGCUGAAGAUGCAGAUGAUAACUUACUUUUAGUGGCCAUGGCAGGGACACAUCAGAUCUGGGGCGUAUUUCUGGCUGAUGGUGAUUGGCUUAAAGAAGGUCAGAAUUCAUCAUCAACGACUGUGCAGCCACACUUGCCUCCACCAGCACCAUCAGUACCACUCACAGGAGGUGCACCACUGCCGCCCCCACCUCCAGGUGGAUCACUGCCUACGCCUCCUCCACCCCACCAGGACCAAACCUCCUCCACCACCCCCACUUCACCACCUGUUCGACCUGCUCCACCACCCCCAACAUCUGCACCAUCUCCUCCACCACCUCCAGGCCCUCCACCACCUCAAGGACCUCCACCACCUCCUCUGUCCCCCGUACGACCAGCUCCACCACCACCUCCUUCUGCAAACUCUUCAGCCCCACCUCCACCUCCACCUGCCGGAACAGCUCCACCUCCACCUCCACCAGGAACAGUGCCUUUGCCUCCAAACAGAAGUACUCUAGCAAGAACAUCAGUACCAGAAACUUGCUCAUACAGCAUUGGAACAGUAUUGAGGCUUGCUGGAAGUGGUGCUGAGGAAAACCGCAACACUACGUAUCCAAGCAGAGCAGGAUUUGCACAACCAUCAGGAAUAUGUGUUGGAGUGCACCAAGGGGAUCGUGCAUUAUACAUUGCAGAUGCAGAGAGCUCAUCUGUACGGAUGUUCAGUUUGACAAAUGGCGCAGUAAAAGCUGUUGUUGGUGGUGCAAGAGAUCCGCUAGAUUUGUUUGCAUAUGGUGAUGUUGAUGGGAAGGGCAUUGAUGCAAAGCUGCAGCACCCCCUAGGUGUAGCAACUAUUGGAGAAUUAAUUUAUGUUGCAGAUUCUUAUAACCACAAAAUAAAAGUGUUGAAACCCUCUGGCAAAUCCCACAUCCUAACAACUAUUUCAAGUGGAUCAAAUGAAGAAAAGUUCAAUGAGCCAGGAGGGCUAUGUGCAAGUGAAGAUGGAUCAAGUUUAUACAUUGCUGACACCAACAAUCAUGCUAUUAAAGUGCUGUCACUCAAGGAUAACUCAGUGAAGCAGUUACGAGUAAGACUGACAGACGAGGCAGACAGCUCAAGUCAAGAUGUAAUAGACCCAAAGUCUGCUCUGGAAGAAGUGGUAAAGAUGGUCCUUGGAGGUCAUGAGACUCAGGUUGUCCUCAGACUAGUGUUAGCUCUUCCUGAGGGAGCUGAACUUAACAAAGGUGCUCCUAAUAAGUGGACCAUAACAACGACUAAUCAGCAGAUAUCUUUACCAUCAUCUCAGGGCCAAUUACAAGAAGUGACAGAAGUGCCUGUCAGUCUAAAUCUGAAUUCUGAAACUGUUCCCGAGUUGAGUCUCAUUGUCUCUGCUACUGUGUACAUUUGCCUCAGCAGUGGAGUUUGCACUCGUGCAACAUCAUCAUGUGCAGUCAAGUUUGUAACUGUUGACCAAAAUGAAGUUGGGAUAGACGAGAAGAAAAUAGAAGUUAAUCUCCGUGUCAGCGAUUGUUUGCCUAAACACCAGUGAUUGUGACAUGCAAUAGGAAUUAAUAGAAUUUGUUAUAAAUGUAUGAAUGAAAGU